AUUAAUAUUAAUUGAUUUCUGUGUUCAUGAUUCGUCAAUUAUUGAUGGUGAUGGGUGGACAAGUUCCGUGCGCCUCUCUUCAUUCCAUCCAGUUUUCACCCAUCAAAUGCAACCAUAAUUCCAUUCUUCAUAUCUGCCACUAACAUUAUCCAGCUAAUUUUCCUGAAAAAGGAAAAGGGCAAAAAAAGGAGGGAGAGAGACACUCGCAAUAAAUCUAUAUUCCACCCCACAAAAAUAUAUAAAGGGACAAAGAAAAAAAAGGAAAAUCAAAGAUAAAUAAGCUCAAAUUACCCGCAGAAAAUUCAGCCGCGUAGCUAAUUCCAUUGAAUCUUCAUUAAUUUAUUCAUAUACUAUUUGGGCAUAAAAAUGGCAAGAAAAGGAGCAACAAUGCUAAACUUUCCUCGACUCCCAUAACUGCUUCUGACAAGAGUUGGAUUCCCUUUGUCAUCCCAAACUCCUCCUAUAUUUCGCCGGAUUUUCUACAAAUCCUUCCAAAAAAUAUAUCAGGGAACUAAGAGAUGCCUAUAAUUUCAUGAAAGGCUUUCCAGUAAUCUGCAUUUUAGCUAUAUUUUCUUUCUGUUACUUUUCCCUUUUCCCCGGCUCCAAAUGGAGAUUCUAUUGCCCGGGAUGCGAUCAAAGAAUCAUCCACCCGCAUACAAUCAUCCAUCCUUCCCACCAUCGGUUGGUCAAUAUUCCACGGGAAGACAAAACCAACAUCUCCCACAUUCUUUUCGGCAUUGGCGGCACCGCCAGCAUGUGGAGCCGGCGACGCCACUACUGUGAGCUCUGGUGGAAACCCAAUGUAACUCGCGGCUUCGUCUGGCUCGACAACGAACCGGCGCUGGGAGACGAGCCUUGGCCUCAAACGUCGCCUCCCUAUAAAGUAUCGGCUGACACGGCCCGGUUUAAGUACACAAGCUGGUAUGGCUCCAGGUCCGCCGUCCGCAUCGCGCGUAUUGUGAAGGAGAAUUUCCAGCUUGGAUUGGACAAUGUAAGGUGGUUUGUGAUGGGAGAUGACGACACAGUUUUCUUCACCGAGAAUUUGGUGAAUGUGCUGAAUAAAUAUGAUUAUAAACAGAUGUAUUAUAUUGGCGGAAUUUCGGAGAGUGUUGAACAAGAUGUGGAGCAUUCUUAUACCAUGGGUUACGGCGGCGCUGGAUUUGCCAUUACAUUACCGGCGGAGCUGGUCAGGAUUUUGGAUGGGUGCAUUGAUCGGUAUGCGGAGUUAUACGGGUCGGAUCAGAAGAUUGGGGGUUGCAUGAGUGAGAUUGGGGUGCCUAUUACCAAAGAACUUGGUUUUCAUCAGUUGGAUAUACGAGGAAGCCCAUACGGCCUACUUUCAGCUCAUCCAUUAGCCCCUCUAGUCUCACUACACCAUCUAGACUACCUCCAACCCUUGUUUCCAGGCAUGGACAGGGUUGCCUCCAUCAGGAAGCUAAUGAACGCCUACAAAUACGACUCCGGCCGAGCAUUACAGCAGAGUUUCUGCUAUGACCUUACCCGGAACUGGUCCGUUUCUGUAUCCUGGGGCUACACCGUGCAACUGUACCCGUUUUUGGUGAGAGCAAAAGAUCUCAACACCCCGUUGCAGACAUUUCUAACGUGGAGGACUUGGAGUCAGGAGCCAUUCACGUUUAAUACCCGGGUCCUGAGAAUGGAGCCCUGUGAAAGACCCGUCAUAUUUUACUUUGACGGCGCUCAGGAGCUUGGAAAUGGGAAUACGGUGACCUGGUACAGGAGGCCUCAGUCUAUGCAAUGGAAGCAGUGUGACAGGAAUAACUUUGCGGCUGCUUAUAUGGUGAAGAGCUUCAAUGUCUCUGCUACCUAUCUUAAUUCUCGAUUAUGGACCAAGGCACCACGUAGACAGUGCUGUGAGAUAAUGGGUGGCUCAGACCACCAAGACGGCCAUGUACGAGUCAGGAUUAGAGGCUGCAAUCGAUGGGAAUCAGUAACACCUCCAUAGACGACGCUGUGAAAUUAUUACAAGAAAGAUUUUACCACUAAUUGGGAAUAUUUCGAUGUUUUCUGUCACCAAAGUUUGGCAUGACUGGUGGCUAGGUACAACAACUGAAUGCAGAAGGUGCUUCGUCAGGAUGCUUAUGGUGGCUGCAGUAGUCAACGGAACCUUAGUUUGAAUCUUUGAAUUUACGUUGGAAAGGAAAAGGAGAUAUAUAAGAUGCAAUGAUAAUACAGUAGACGCUAUCAUAUCUAUUUGUUUUAGAGUUUGUUUUUUUUUAUAAUGUAAUAACCAAAUGAAAAUA